CCUCGAAUCACCUACCCCCACUCUGGUUAAAGCAGAAUACUUUUUAGUUAUCUUGGUUGCCCUGGUUCGUUAUUAAAAGGGUUAGCUUAUAUGUGUGUUUGCUGGGGCUGGAAGUGAAAACAUCUGCAAAAGCAUGCAAUGCCCUGGAACGGAACUCUUCUAAUAAAAGAUGUAUCAUUUUAAAUGCGCUGAAUUUUGAUUCUGGUAAUUCGUGCACUAGAGUGUCUAUUUCGAGGCAGCGGAGGUAUCAUAUGACAGCGCACGUCAAGGCACCGUGGAGCCCUCUCGUGGACUCCCACCCACUUUCCCAUUCACCGCGGAGAGGGCUGCUCUCGCUGCCGCUCCCCCCGGCGAACUAGCAUGAAAUCUCCCUGCCUCUGCCGAGAUCAAAUGGAGCUUCUCGCUGAUGGGGUGCGAGUAUUACCUCCGCCAUGCAAUUUCCACUAUCAAUAAUUUAACUUCUUUGCUGCAGAACAGAAGGAGUACAUACCGGGCACCAAAGACUCGCGCCCCCUCCCCCCUUUAAUUAAGCGAAGGGAACGUGAAAAAAUAAUAGAGUCUGGGAGUUUUGGGGCCGAAGUCUUUCCCGGAGCAGCUGCCUUGAUGGUUACUUUGACAAGUAGUGACUGAAAAGUUCCACCAGGUGAGAAGAGUGAUGACCAUCCUUUUCCUUACUAUGGUUAUUUCAUACUUUGGUUGCAUGAAGGCUGCCCCCAUGAAAGAAGCAAACGUCCGAGGACAAGGUGGCUUGGCCUACCCAGGUGUGCGGACCCAUGGGACUCUGGAGAGCGUGAAUGGGCCCAAGGCGGGUUCAAGAGGCCUGACAUCGUUGGCUGACACUUUCGAACAUGUGAUAGAAGAGCUGUUGGAUGAGGACCAGAAAGUUCGGCCCAAUGAAGAAAACAAUAAGGACGCAGACUUGUACACGUCCAGGGUGAUGCUCAGUAGUCAAGUGCCUUUGGAGCCUCCUCUUCUCUUUCUGCUGGAGGAAUACAAAAAUUACCUAGAUGCUGCAAACAUGUCCAUGAGGGUCCGGCGCCACUCUGACCCUGCCCGCCGAGGGGAGCUGAGCGUGUGUGACAGUAUUAGCGAGUGGGUAACGGCAGCAGACAAAAAGACUGCAGUGGACAUGUCGGGCGGAACGGUCACAGUCCUUGAAAAGGUCCCUGUAUCAAAAGGCCAACUGAAGCAAUACUUCUACGAGACCAAGUGCAAUCCCAUGGGUUACACAAAAGAAGGCUGCAGAGGCAUAGACAAAAGGCAUUGGAACUCCCAGUGCCGAACUACCCAGUCGUACGUGCGGGCCCUUACCAUGGAUAGCAAAAAGAGAAUUGGCUGGCGAUUCAUAAGGAUAGACACUUCUUGUGUAUGUACAUUGACCAUUAAAAGGGGAAGAUAGUGGAUUUAUGUUGUAUAGAUUAUAUUGAGACAAAAAUUAUCUAUUUGUAUAUAUACAUAACAGGGUAAAUUAUUCAGUUAAGAAAAAAAUAAUUUUAUGAACUGCAUGUAUAAAAGAAGUUUAUACAGUACAGUGGUUCUACAAUCUAUUUAUUGGACAUGUCCAUGACCAGAAGGGAAACAGUCAUUUGCGCACAACUUUAAAAAGUCUGCAUUACAUUCCUUGAUAAUGUUGUGGUUUGUUGCCGUUGCCAAGAAUUGAAAACAUAAAAAGUUAAAAAAAAUAAUAAAUUGCAUGCUGCUUUAAUUGUGAAUUGAUAAUAAACUGUCCUCUUUCAGAAAACAGAGAAAAAACACACACACACAACAAAAAUUUGAACCAAAACAUUCCGUUUACAUUUUAGACAGUAAGUAUCUUCGUUCUUGUUAGUACUCUAUCUGUUUUACUGCUUUUAACUUCUGAUAGCGUUGGAAUUAAAACAAUGUCAAGGUGC